AUCGUUCUUUUAUGACCCUUUAUAUCCACGCCCCUGAUCCGAUUCCACGGAUAUACCAAGCCUCCCUCCUCGUAGACUAAAUCAGAAAGCAUCUCCUCCUUAUAAAACUAUUCCACGGGCCUCUCGUCGUCCAUCUCCCCGUCGCUUUCGCUCUCCCCUCGUGAUGCCCUAGGUCUUCAGUUUUGAAAUCGAUCUCGCUACAGCUGGUCAACGGAUAGGGGCAUGAGAUGCUCGAGCCGACAGGUUUUGAACUUAUAGAGGUGGUGUGCAGAAGCACAAGGCUAGACUUUUUGUUCAUGUUGAGGCUUCAGGAUGACUUUCUAAUCAUGGCUUAUUAUAAAUAUGUCAUUGGCUAGAGAAGUAGCAAUGGAGGUCACAAAUCUUAUGAGCGAAGAAAUGAUGGAAAAGAAAAUUCUAAACCUAGUUGCUGCAAUCUAAGCCUUCUUUGUAUGCAAUAUAUGCCCUUAAUGGAGUGAAAUGUGGGACGAAAUGGUUUUAUAUUUUGGAUGUUUUUGUAGAUGGAGGAUGCGCCAGGUGAUGCGGGGCAUUCCAAACCAGGGCCUUCUAAUACCACUUGGUGGCCCUCAGAUUUUAUGGAGGAGUUCCAAUCAGUUUCCUUGGUUUCACAAAAACAUACUUUGAAUAGUAGUGACUCUUCAGGCAAUGUUGGACAAGCUGAACAUUCAUCUCAGACUGCAUCUCAGGUUCUGUGGUCCACUGGAACUUUGGCUGGUCCAAUCCCAAAUGGAUUUUAUUCUGUACUAUCAGAUAGAAAGCUUAAGCAGCUAUUCAACAUUAUUCCGUCACCAGAUGAGCUUCAUUCCCUUGGUUUGGCGCUUAAGGCAGAGAUCAUUCUUGUUGAUUCUGAAAAGGAUAAGAAGCUUUCCAUGUUGAAGCAAUUGAGUACAGCACUGGUGAAAGGACUGAACUCAAAUCCUGCUUCACUGAUUAAAAAGAUCGCUGGUCUGGUUUCUGACUUCUAUAAACGCCCAAAUCCAGAACUAAGUCCUGCAAAAGCUACAGUUGAAGAGAAAUGUCAUUUGAUGGAAAAUCGAGGCAUCCAACUCUUGGGGCAGAUAAGGCAUGGGUCAUGCCGGCCUAGAGCAAUUUUGUUUAAAGUCCUUGCAGAUGCUAUAGGUCUUGAGUGCAAACUUGUGGUGGGCCUUUCUAAUGAUGGAUCAGUGGAAUAUAUGGACUCAUACAAGCAUAUGUCUGCGAUAGUUGUGCUGAAUUCGGUGGAAUCGUUAGUUGAUCUCAUGCACUUUCCUGGAAAAUUAAUUCCAUUCUCAAGCAAGGCUAUCUUCAUGUCUCAUUUCUCUGCAGCAGGAGAGAGUGAUUUAGCUGAUUAUGACUCUUGCGAUUCUCCUCUCGAACCCAAUAGUCCUUUAUCUGGCUUUUAUGACAGAACAGAUGGUGCAAGUCAAGAGCAAGAUGGAAACUUCCAACCUUCGUACCAGCGGAGAAUGGAGUUGUCACUAAAUGCUGCUGGUUCUUCAUUGCGGAAUAUCAUGCUGAAAUCAAGAGCUUUUGUGGAGGGAAAGUUAAGUUCAUCACACAGUGUACCCAACAUUGAAAAUGCUUUCUGGAGGCGUGGCAGGAAGAAAGCUGUUUCUGAGCAACAGCGCACUGCUAGUUCAAGUCCAGAACAUCCCUUAACAAGAACUCGGGGGCGAUCCAUGCUUAGUAAUUGUAGACAUUCAUUUAGGGAAUACGCUGAUGAUCAAGCUACAUCAAGGUCAGAUGGUGCUCCAACAUCUAAUGUUUUUAGAGCACGAAGAAGAAGCAUUAAUGUUACUCCUGAGAUCGGGGACGACAUUGUGAGGGCUGUUCGAGCAAUGAAUGACAAAUUGAAGCAAAGUCGUCUUUUAUGUGACCAAAGAGAUGAGAAUUCUAGUUUGCAUUCAAAAAAUGAGAACAAUAUAACUGAUUUACCAGAAAAUGUAUCAAGUUAUUGUUCAGAUAGUCAUGAUGAAGUGUCCAAAGGAGUGCCUGGAGCAUACAAUAGUUCAAGAAGGCAAACUCAGAAGGCAAUAUCCUUACCUUCAUCUCCCAAUGAGUUCAGGGCUCACACUUCUGAUAUUAGUGGGGUUUCUGACUUCCUAAGUACAGAAGACUUGAUAUCAACAUGGAACAAAGUCUUAAAGUCUUCACUGUGUUGGAAUAAGCCUUUGUUGCCUUUUCAAGAAUGGAAUAUCGAAUAUUCAGAGCUUACUGUUGGCACACGUGUUGGAAUAGGGUUUUUUGGAGAAGUUUUCCGGGGCAUAUGGAAUGGUACAGAUGUUGCCAUCAAAGUUUUUCUAGAGCAAGAUUUGACAGCUGAGAAUAUGGAAGACUUCUGCAAUGAAAUAUCCAUAUUGAGCCGCCUUCGACAUCCCAAUGUUAUAUUAUUCCUCGGUGCAUGCAUGAGGCCUCCUCACUUGUCAAUGGUUACUGAAUACAUGGAAAUCGGAUCCUUGUAUUACUUAAUACAUUCGAGUGGCCAAAAGAAGAAGCUCAGUUGGCGUAGGAGAUUGAAAAUGCUCCGUGAUAUUUGUAGGGGAUUGAUGUGCAUGCACCGAAUGAAAAUAGUUCACCGUGAUCUGAAAAGUGCAAAUUGUCUUGUUAAUAAACAUUGGACGGUCAAGAUAUGUGAUUUUGGACUGUCACGAGUAAUGACCGAGGUUCCUAUGAGUGAUAACUCAUCAGCAGGUACUCCUGAAUGGAUGGCCCCUGAGCUCAUACGCAGCGAACCAUUCACAGAAAAAUGUGAUAUCUUCAGUCUUGGAGUGAUUAUGUGGGAGCUUUGCACUCUAAAAAGACCAUGGCAAGGCGUGCCGUCAGUGCAGGUGGUCUAUUCAGUUGCCAACAAGGGAACACGGUUGGAGAUCCCUGAAGGCCCUCUGGGCAGCCUUAUUUCAGAUUGCUGGGCAGAGCCCGAAAAACGACCCAGCUGCCAAGAGAUCCUCACCCGCUUGCUUGAUUGCGAGUACACGCUUUGCUGAUUUGAUUUAACCUGUGUUGUACAGCAACGGUAGAGGAAUCAAAUUUCUAGCCGGCUCAAGUUGUAAAUUAGUAUACUUUACUGUAAAAAAUAAACCAAAUUUUGCAUUUUGAAUCAACGUGCUUUCUUUUCCAAUAGCAUGUCAUGAAAUUCUAACAAUAUAGCAGUAUUUUGGUCAUUUUCUCAA